UGGUGCUAUGACUUCGUUGCUUUUGCUACGACUUGCACUCAGGCACUUUGCGUGUUGUAGAUCAUUUUUGGAUAAGUUUGAGGGGCUGAGACAUUUUUCUGUUUUGUUAAGGAACUUUUAGAGUAGCGUGAUUUUUUAAAACAUCUUUGUCUGAAAUAGAAACAACUAAUCUUUAGCCCAGCUGAGAACUAAGCUGGACAUGACAGUGACUGUUGGCCAUGGCAAAGCUGAUGCGUGUGUGAUAAAUGCAAUUCAGAACUGGCUGAUUACAGGUAUAGCAGGUACUGCAGCAGCACUGCCAGACAUCUGAUUUGUGGGUGUUUGGGAGAGUUAACAUCCUCAGUUUCCAGCUUGUUUCCUUUCCUGUGUUCCUGUUCUGAUGAAAAAGUUGUUUCCCCUCAUCUCCCCUGCCAGCUAGGGGAGGGAGCUGAUGAUGUUAAGAUCUGUUCUCCCACCUUUUGCCUGUGUUUUUCUAUUUCUAGAUUUGGCUUUGGUGAUUCAGCUGGGAUUAUGGAAAAGUGAAAGAUCAUCAUGGCUUCUUCUAGCCCCAUUGCUCACACCUCCUGUUCCUGUGAUCACAGCCCCACCUUGUUCGCUCUGUCCAGAAGGAGCACACAGGUUCCAGUGGAUCAGGAAUCUGGUUCCAGAGUUUGGGAUCUCCAGCUCACAUGUCAAGGUGCUUUCAUCCCCAGCUGAAUUCUAUGAACUCUUGAAGGUGCAGAUAAAAACAGCCAAGCAGCGAGUGGUGAUGGCUUCACUAUACCUGGGAACUGGGCUCCUUGAACAGGAGCUGAAACAAAAGCAUUACCUAAGACCUUUAGGGAAGCCUGACCUUGGCCAAUUUCUUAUGUUAGAAUGCAAAUUCCACAGCAGGGUCGAUUGCUUAGAAGAAACACUGGAGAAAUCACUGCAAGCAAAAGGAUCGUCUAACCUCAAAGUUUCUAUUCUUCUUGACUACACCAGGGGAUCUCGGGGCAGGAAGAAUUCUCGAACGAUGCUAAUUCCAUUGCUGCAGCGAUUUCCUGAGCAAGUCCGUGUGUCCCUCUUCCACACCCCAAACCUGCGUGGACUUCUCAGGCUCCUGAUUCCAGAGCGUUUUAAUGAGACCAUUGGACUGCAGCACAUCAAGGUCUAUCUCUUUGAUGACAAUGUGAUCCUGAGCGGCGCAAACCUGAGUGAUUUGUACUUCACCAAUCGUCAGGACCGCUAUGUUCUCCUGCAGGACUCUCCUGAGAUUGCAGACUUCUUCACGGAGCUAGUGGAUGCGAUUGGAGAUGUGUCUCUGCAAUUACAGCGAGAUGAUACAGUCCAGAUGAUGGAGGGGAUGGUACAUCCGUACCAAGGAGACAAGGUGGCUUACUGUGAGAUAGCAAAUCGAAGAGUCAUGGAGGUGAUCAACUCUGCCAGGACACGACAAGAGCUCCUUCAUGCAAAGACUUUCCACAGCAGCCAGCAAGGCAGCUCCUUGUUAUCCCAGCAAGGCUCUCAAGCAUCUGGGGGUCUGAAAACAGAACCUGACACCUGGAUUUAUCCCUUAAUCCAAAUGAAACCUUUUGGGAUUCAAAUAGAUGAGAUGGUGACAGAGACGCUGCUGACAGAGGCUGAAAGGGAUGCCAGGAUAUACCUUAGCACUGGCUACUUCAACCUGACACAAGCUUACAUGGACCUCAUUCUGGGCACUAGGGCUGAGUAUCGGAUUCUUCUGGCCUCACCGGAGGUGAAUGGUUUUUUUGGUGCCAAAGGGGUAGCAGGUGCCAUCCCGGCUGCCUAUGUUUACAUUGAACACCAAUUUUACAGUGAGGUCUGCUACCUUCACCAACAGGAGAGGGUCCAACUGCAGGAGUACUCUAGGGCUGGGUGGACUUUCCAUGCCAAAGGUCUCUGGCUGUACCUGGCAGGAAGCGAUCUUCCCUGCCUAACUCUGAUUGGCUCUCCUAAUUUCGGAUAUCGAUCGGUUCAUCGUGACUUGGAAGCUCAGGUUGCGAUAGUGACAGAAAAUAAAGCUUUGCAGCAGCAACUCCAUCAGGAGCAGGAGCAGCUUUACCUCUGCUCAGGUGUAGUCUCAUCAUCAACAUUUGAGCAGCCAAAUCGUUACGUGAAACUGUGGGUGAAGCUGGUAACACCUCUGAUCAAGAAUUUCUUUUGAAAGAAGAGAAGUUGCUGCUUUGGGUUAAAGGUCCAGACAUAGGUGGGACCUCGCAUCCGUGUCUUAUAGACAGGACAUUCAUAGACAUUCUUGGUGUCCAUGCGGUCCACGGGGAUGGCUCUGAUGAAGAUGACUGGCAUCAUGGGUGUCAACUCCUUCAGUCGAGCGUCUGUGAUCACACCAGAAGGGAUGUCCCAUCGAGCGCCUGCAAUAUUAUGAAAUUGUCAGGGUACCAGCUACCCAGUGGCUUUUUCACUUAGAGGGGGCUGUUUUCAUAACUAUUAAUGGGUGGGAAGGAGUUGCUCUAGCAGCACAGUUGAGGAUGGAGUAUGAAAAUUGGGUAGCCGUGGCUUAGUAGUCAUUAGGGCUAACGUGUUAUCAUCUCACUGUGACUCAUGAAUGCAUUUUGCCUUACUGUAUGUGGGAUGUCUAAAUAAAUUCUGUCCCUACUCAUCCCUUCAGCACCAGGUUUGCAUGAAAGUUGCAUAGCUGAAGGUAGAACUUGACUGUGGUGGGAGCUACGAUAAGCUGUUGUGUGUGGUCUGUGCUCUUGUUUAAGUGGACUCCUUUGGUGCUCUGCUGAUACUGCCAUCUCAUUCCCCCUCAUUUUUUAGCAGUAAUUAUUUUAGGUUCUGAGUUUCCUGAUUUGUCUUGCUCACACAUCAAAUAAGAGCGUAAUAUAUUUAUUCACUAGAACCAUCUAGCUUCAGACAGCCCAGUCCUCAGGUUCGUGAUACGCAGUCUUUUUCCAAAAACCAGUUUCUGCUUUGUGAGACUCUAAACUGGAUGGGUGCUGCCCUCAGCUGGCGUGUCUGACAUUAGCGUGGAAUAAAGGCUCUGCUGCUUGGAGCUUUUGCAAAAGUUGUACAAAUUCAAAUAAGCCAGUGAAUACUAACACCUGUUCUGUUUGUAAGAAUUUUUAAGGCUGAACUGGGCUUUCUCUGUGUCUGAAACAUCUCAUAAAAGAUGCAGUCUUUUACCUUCCAUGAAUAAUCCAUGCACAUAGGAGCCUUCUCUGGGUGGAGCUGUUAUAUCCUCGCGGUUUUUCUUGGUCACUUCCACUGAAAGACACAUCUUGUCCAGUGGCCAUUCGUUUCUUCUGGCCAUGGACUGCAUGAUAGCAGUGAGGAAAGACUGGGGAUUGAAGAAUCCUGCCAGCCACACUGUUGCAGGCAGCACAAAGUCUGUUGUCCAGACUUCCAGUUCCUGGAAAACAAAACCAGCAAGGUACUUCAGAGUGAAGCAUGGCCUUUGAGCAGCAGAAUACUACUUUGAGAUAUGACAUGACAAAAAGCUGAUGCUUCACUGUGCCUAACAUGAGCUUCAGGUAAUCUUCCAGAUGGGGAGACUAGGAUGGAGGUGGUCUGUGAUGAAUAAAUAGCAGAUUUCACUGCAGCAACGAAACUUAAAACUGUUAAUUUGGAUUGCAGUAAAUACCUAUUAUUUUUUUAACAAAGCCACACUUUAAAUAGAUGGUUUUAUUAAAUAUUUUUUUCUUCUGAGACAUAUAAAGUUAUGGUGGGGUUAGCUAAUAUUCUUUUGAAACAGUGAUAUACUCUAAUGGUGAAUUGUUUUCAAACUUCUGCUCUCAUUCUUGGGGUAACAGGCCAUUUCAGGUACUUCAGACUGCUUAAAUUAAUAUUGAAAAAUAAACCAGUUAACCACUGUA